AUGUCAUCGAACGCCGAGAAUGAAAAGACCUCCAAAGUUCCCACAAACAAAGACGAUGAUUGGGAGAUUGUGAAUGAAAAGGACAGUCAAGCGGAGAGUCAGGCCAAAACUGAAGGCGACUUGGAAAAGGGCCCUGGAGAGCCCGAUGAGAAGACCGAGGAUGAACGUAGAAGGGGAUUGAUGAAAGAGAAAUGGGCGGAUAUGCGACAGCAGCAAGGCGGCGUACACCCCCAUCGGGAGGUCAAGAUACCGACCUACAGGUCAUUUGUUGGAGACUGGUAA